GUUUACUUUCGCUGAGGUUCAAUUUUGGAUAUGAGGGAUGCCUCUGCCGAUGGCAAAUUUAGUUUAUUAGUCUGAUGGGUUACUCAUAGACGGAAAAGUCGCACGAAUCAUUAAAAUAAAAUAGCGAUACUGAAUAUGCCUCGAAAUGAUCUGUGGAACUGGUUAUUUAUGCUCUUGUUAUUGGGCUUUGGGUCUGUGGUUAGCCCUCUGAAAAUAUUGGGAAUGUUUCCCCAUCCAGCCAUCAGUCACUUUCAGUUCUUUCAUCCGAUUAUGAGAGGAUUGGCGGAAGUGGGUCACACUGUAGAUGUGAUGAGUCCUUUUCCGGAUAGGCAACCUCUGCCCGGUUAUACGGAUUAUCUUCUGCCUAUGGCCAAUCUAAGCAAUGCAAUUGGUUUUGAUUCAUUUGAGGAACAAAAGUCCUUGAAUUUGAUUCUGCACUAUGGCGAAUUCUACUAUCUUCAUUCAUUUGGCAGAGAUGCCUGCAAUCUAACCCUCAAUGGAGAGGCACUGGAGCAAAUCCUGAGACAUCCCCCUGGCUACUAUGAUGUCAUCAUGAUGGAACAGUUCAACACGGAUUGCCUGAUGAGUGUGGCCCACCAGUUGAGGGCUCCUGUCAUAGCCAUGAGCAGUUGUGCUCUGAUGCCCUGGCAUUAUGAGAGAAUGGGCGCCCCUUUGAUACCCUCAUAUAUAUCGGCUCUGUUUAUGGGUAAAUCCCAGGAAAUGUCCUUUGGUGGACGUCUGGCCAAUUGGUUUACAGUGCAUUCUCUUAAUUUACUCUACAAACUCUUCAGCAUUCCCGCUGCAGAUGCUUUGGUUCGACAGAAAUUCGGUCCUCAGAUGCCUUCUGUGGGAGAAAUGGUGAAGAAUACUUCCUUGAUGCUCAUCAAUCAACACUUUUCCCUCAGUGGACCGAAACCUUUGCCACCCAAUGUCAUUGAAGUCGGCGGAGUUCACAUUAAGCCGGCUAAAGCUCUGCCCUCAGAGUUGCAACAUCUGUUGGAUAAUGCCACGAAAGGAGCCAUCCUCAUCAGUUGGGGCUCUCAGCUGAGGGCGACUUCAUUGCCCACUGCCAAACGAGAGGCUGUAGUCCGUGCCCUGGGACGUCUGGAACAGCAAAUCAUUUGGAAAUGGGAGAAUGAUACCUUGCCCAACAAACCGCAUAAUGUGCACAUUAUGAAAUGGUUGCCCCAACGUGAUAUUCUGGCCCAUCCGAAUCUCAAAGUGUUCUUCUCUCAUGGCGGUCUCAUGGGCACCACUGAGGCAGUCUCCAGUGGUGUUCCGAUUGUCGGAAUGCCCAUCUAUGGUGAUCAAAGCCUGAACAUUGCCUCUUUGGUCCAGCGGGGAAUGGCAAUUAACUUGGAUUUCUAUAGCCUAACUGAGGAUGCCAUCUACGAGGCUUUAACCAGAGCUCUGGACCCAUCUUUCAAGAGGAAUGCUAGAAAGGUUGCUGCAGCCUACAAUGAGCGCCCGCAGAAGCCAUUGGACACGGCCAUUUGGUGGGUGGAAUAUGUAGCUGAGACCAAAGGAGCUCCUCUCACCCAACCCAAGGCAGUUCAUCUCUCUCGUUUUGUCUACUACUCCCUGGAUGCCUAUGCCACGGUAUUUGCUGUCUUGCUCUUGCUUCUAGCCACUUGGUUAGGCCUACUCCGUCUCUGUUGUGGCAGAAGGGAUCAUCAAAAGGGCCAAAAGACUAAAGCCAAGGGCAACUAAAUUAAGUACAAAAUGUAAAUAAAUGUAAAAUCUGUUAGUUUAGAUACAAACCAAGUGAGAACCUCAUCAAGAACUCAUCUUAUCUUGCCUGAUGGAAGUUGUUUACCAUCAAUCUGAAUAUACCUUGUAGUUAUUGUAUAUAUCAUCAUCUGAUAAGAUAACUCUUAAGGUGAAUUCCCCUCUAAUGGAUCAAUUCAAUGUAUGUACUUUGGUCCCUUUGGCAGAGUCUACAAUUCAAUCUUCAACAAUGGAAAAUAUAAUAUCCAAUACCUUCCUUAAAGCACCAAUUAGCAACAAAAACCUCUUUAAGAAUAUAAAAAAAUAAAGUUUACGUUUAAUAUACAAA